AUGGAAGAUAUCGCCGUACAGGCGUCCCGGCCCUAUUCCGGGCAGAGCCCGUUACUCAAGGCCUGGAAUCCUUGCUGGCAAAGUGAAUGCAACCAAAAUCUGAAAGAACGUCUCACUCACGCCACUAGAUUUCGCUCAGCAUGUCAAGACUUCCUCUUCAUUGACUUCAAGGCCGCGGCUGGAAAGAAAGUCGAAGACCGUCUGUGGAAUGGUCAUAUGAAGGCCAACACAAGGUUCAGGCAAUAUCUUGCCAGCUUCCGUGAAGGAGAAGGCAAGAAGAAAGUUGUUGAACGUCGAAAGGCUGAGAAGCUCUAUCUCGAGUUCAUCAAGUCGAGCCAACGCUUCUAUCGAGAGUAUAUCCAGCGACUCGCCUCCAACUUUAAGGAUAUUUCAGAGAUACUUGAGAUUGCACAAGGCAUGAAGCUAGACACACUCUCUGUAGACCCACCUCAAAUAGUCGACGAUGCGCUGAAGAAACAACUCAUUGACUCCUGUUAUUCGGCCCUUGUGCAACUGGGAGAUCUCUCGAGGUAUCGAGAGACUGAAUUGCAGACGAAUCGACGCAACUGGGGUCCUGCUGUGGGUUAUUAUAACAAGGCUGUCAGUCUCAAUCCUACAGAAGGCAGAUCAUAUCAUCAACUGGCUGUCUUAGCUCUCGCUGAUGAGGAUCACCUGCGAGCCGUCUACUAUUUUUAUCGAGCUAUCUGCCUAGAUAACCCCGCUCCACAAGCCCAACAAAACUUGGACCUUGAAUUCAAGAAGCUCACCAAAAAGUCAAAUCAAGGAAAGCCCAUCUCCAGUGCUGCAUUGGUUGCUGAGGGCAGCCGUGACCUCCAUGACCGCUUCCUUAUAUUUCACGCUAGCUGUCUCGAAAAGGAUCCAACUGGACAAAAGGAUCAGCAACUUGAGAUUCUUCGACUUCUGGAGGAGCAAAUUCGAGAGAGGUCUGAUGCUACAGUACUCAGAAAGCUCGUCUUGGUCAAUAUAGCGGCAGAGAAGUCCGCCACACAAAAUGUCAAAGCACCUGCAGACACUCGGUCUUUUGAGAUCAUCCAAUCGUUUAAUGUCAAAACCUUUUUCCUCCUCCUCAGAAUCUUGCUAGACGAAAUGCAGAAGCUCGCAGGAGCAACCACUAACGGCAAAUAUGCCGUAACGGAAGAUUUGCCUCAAGUUCCUCCAGUAAUCCGCCGAAGUCUUCCCUAUUUGAGGCUGUAUAGCGGGUGGCUGUUGAGUACUGUCCAACUCCUGCUAGAGAACGAGAAACUUGUCGUGUAUAUGCGGCAGAUGUGGCCGUUGUAUGUCAACGUCCUCAAUAUUCUGAUGCAGGUAUUUCCUCCGAAAGCUGCGCCUGACAUUCCAUAUCUCCUGGAUGAAGACAUGGACACCAGAGGAUUUUCUGCUUUCAGUCCUUUCGUCCAAAAAACACGCCUUUCCAGCCGCCUGGGCCUGACCAAACCGGCACACAGCGACGCAGUAUUUGGCCCUCGUUCCCCUGAACACGAGAUGUUGUAUCGACUCAAAUGUCUCAUCACAGACGGAGCAUUACUUGCCCGUAAACAAGACGACUUCAAGUCCUUGCCCAUUCCUCUUACAUUUGCCAACAUGCGCUUCGUCUACUUCGAUGCAGGGGACGCUGUAACAUCGACCGGAGAUCAAUCUAUAACUUUUGCGGUUCCCGCCUCCGCUGCCUCAAUCGAAGGCAUAUACAGUCAACUUGGGCACGCUUCCCAGCAUGAAAUACCUACGCCCCAAGCACCAAGUCAACAAGCGGCGGCUUUCGACCCUGAAAUUUCGAUGGUCUCUAGAAUGGAGAACAUGGUAGAUAAUCUCAUGCGUUCUGAAGCACCACGGCCCGCCCACAGUUCCGGAACUGCAAUGUAUGAUCUUCCCGCAUCCACGUCGAACGCCCAAUUGGUGCCACAAGGGUUCAGCAACAGAAGCACAUCGCAAUCACAGCCUGUUCCCUUUACCGCUCGAGACCUCGUGCAGCGAAUUCAGCAGUCAUCGAGCGCAUCACAGCCCAGCGCGGUCGACCAGGCUUUGAACGUCGCAGUCUUGCCUUCUAUCUUGAACACUCCGUUUGCACCACGACCUGGGGAAACCCCAGAAUCGUCGCCACGGCCAAGUACUGCCCAUCGUUUCCCUGAACCAUCAUCAGCACCUGUUCGCAUCAGCAGUUCUGCCCAAUUCCAGGCUCACCUCAUGCACAUGCACGAUCAGGUGCAAAUGCGGACGUCACCAUUGGAGUCGUUUGAGCCGACUAUGUCGAGUCACUACGGCACUCCUAUAAAUACGACGACUUGGAUGCGAGCGAAUGAUCCGAUACAGCCUCCACUGUCGCCCUGGCGGAGCUCGUUUGGCAGCGCAGUACCUGUGCAGCAUACUGCUAUAUCCACCCGCCCUGCGGAUUCCUCGCCUUUUGGUGCCAUUGGCGAGUCGCGUCCGAAGAGCAGUCGAACUCCUACCAGCGGCCAGCCAGGAUGA